GUCUCUCUCUUUCAUCAGUUUCAUUUUAACCUUUGUCGUGGCCGCACGGGAUGGCACGGAUUGGUGAACGAAAUUAAAUUAUUAAAUUUACCCGAAAUAUGCACAAUAAAUUGAAUUAUUGUGCAUUGCGCUGUCAAGCAUCUGAGCACUAAAACAGUGCCCAACAAUUUGCGCGUGCCGAAUAGUAAAUGUAAAUCAAAAUUCUCGGUGCAGCAAACAACUGCGGUUGCAAUUGCAAUUGCAAUAACAAUUACAAAAGCCACAACAAAAACAAAACAAAACAACAAGAUUAACAACAAUUAUUCUACUUUGAGCGCAACUGUGUGUGGCGCCUCAAGCGCCGUUAUUUAAUAUCAAGCACCUCAACAAUAAACCGUCAAAAUGUCAUCGCUGGAGGUGCGCAACAAUUCGGCCAUGAUGAAGCGGGCCGAGCAGCUGAAGCGCUGGGAAGAGUCGGACACAAAUAGAGCCGCUCCCUCCCCACGCCACGAACAUAGCCGCAGGAUCAAAUUCAGCUCGGGCUGCGUUUUUCUGGCCGCCUGUCUAUCAGGUGACAAGGAGGAGGUGGUGCAGCUGCUCGAUCAGGGCGCCGAUAUAAACACGGCCAAUGUUGACGGGCUCACGGCUCUGCAUCAGGCCUGCAUCGAUGACAAACUCGAGAUGGUAGAGUUUUUAAUAGAGCACGGAGCCGAUAUCAAUCGUCAAGACAAUGAGGGCUGGACGCCACUGCAUGCUACCGCCUCCUGCGGCUUUGUGAGCAUAGCCUGCUACCUGGUAGAGCACAACGCGGAUGUGGCUGCCGUGAAUAGCGAUGGGGAUCUGGCGCUGGAUUUGGCAAUCGAUGUGCAGCAUAUGCCCAUGAUUAACUAUAUGGAAAAGGUGGUGCAGGAGCUCAAUAUUGAUGUGGAUCAGGCACGCAGAGCCGAGGAGCAGGCCAUGCUUAAGGAUGCGAAGCGCAGCGAUGCAUCCGAGGUGGAUCGACCGCAUCCAAAAACUGGUGCAACAGCGUUGCAUGUGGCUGCUGCCAAGGGCUAUACGAAAGUGCUGCGUCUGCUACUCGCUGGUGGCAGCAAUGUGGAUAGGCAGGAUAACGAUGGCUGGACACCAUUGCAUGCUGCCGCACACUGGGGCCAGAAGGAGGCAGCUGAAAUGCUGGUGGAGUCAUCGGCCGAUAUGGAUAUAUCCAAUUAUGCUGGCCAAUCCUGUAUCGAUGUGGCCGAUCGCAAAAUGGUCAAAUUCCUCGAAGAACUGCGCGCCAACAAGCGCAACAAACGGCGUCCAUCUAGUCAAAUCAGAAUCUCAGACGCGAUUGAAAAUCAUGUGGACAAAACACGAACGAAACUCGUACGCGUUGAAGUGAGAACUGAUACCGCUAAGGAUGCUGAAAAUGUUAAGCCCAAUCAGCAUAUUCAUACCGCCGAGCAUUCUGGCGAGGAGGAGGCGCCUUGGCGACGCAAAACGCUGCGUACGCCCAACGACAGUCCCACUAAGAAUCAAGUUCCUGACAAAGACCUAAGCGGCAAGAGCGCCAAUGAGACCGCCAACGAUGUCAUCUUGCGACGCACACAAAGCUUUGAGAAUGAUCAAAAAUUCUAUCAAAAGUACAAUGAGCUGCGGGCACGCAUAAAGGCGAACUCAUGUCCCAUACUGCCAGCGACGACGGCGGCGAAUGCUCUGCCCGGCAAUAAUGCUAAUAACAACAAUAACCAAAGUAGCAAUAACAACAAUAAUAACAAUAACAACAAUAAUAAUAAUAAUAAGAGCGCGCUGCUGUUGGGAAAGACUGUGAGCACAACCAGCAUCAGCAGCAGUGGCAGCAGCAGCAACAACACAACAACAACAACAACCACAUUCAACACACACACCAACAACACAACCACAACAGCAACAGCAGCUACUGCAGCAAAUUCAAGUCAAAUUUAUAGCGUACAAAGAUCGGCAUCCCUCAAAGAUAACUCAGUAUAUUUCAGGAAACCGAUUGCUCCAGUUACGAUGCUUACGGCAGCAACAACGACUACAACAACAACGACGACGCUCAGCUCACCCGCAACAACUGUGCUCACCCCACCUAUUCGCAGCAAUCCGGCCAACAGCAGCAACAAUAAUAAUAGCAACAACAACAAUGGCAGCUCUACGGCCAGUGCCAGUGCCAGUGCCAGCGAUGUGGAGACCCCGAAACCCAAGCAAUCGGCUGGCAAUAUAUUCAAGAACUUUUUCAAAUCCUUUGUGCCGCCUGUGCGUGACGAGGAGAGCGAAACUCAGCGCAAGGCUCAUGCGAAGCGAGUCCGUGAGACGCGUCGCUCUACACAGGGUGUUACGCUCGAGGAGAUCAAGAGCGCCGAGGAGCUGGUGAAGAAGAAAAACAUGGGCAUGAACAACAACAACAAUAACAACAACAACAGCAGCAGCGUAACGAAUAGUGUAAUUAAUUCAACUCCAAGCACAACAACUGUAACAACAACAACAACAAUUACAACAGCCAACAACAUCAGUGAGAACGACAUUGACGACAGCAGCCAGCAAGAGGCGCAGCCCCCACCACCACCCACAAGUCCGCCACCAGCCAUAAUACCCAGGACGACAACCACAGCGGAUGAUUCUGAAAUAAUUGAAGCUGUGGUUGGCAUCGCCGAUACCACCGCUAGUUUCACACUUGCACCGCCAGCCACACGCGUAUCCUAUGAUGACUGUGAUGAUACAGCUGUCGAGGAUGACCAGCAGACGGCGGUCAGUGCCAGUUAUACGAUAGUCUCUCGACGGGAGAAGCCCGUCGAGGCAGAGACUGAUCAGGACAUGAAGAAAGCAGAAGAUAAUGAGUCGAACAGCAACAAACAAGUAAAGACUGACCCAGUAGUUGCCAAGCAAACUCAUGUGACGGAUACCGAGACCAGCAGCGAAUCGACAUCAAAUCCUGCUAGGCCCACAGAGUUGCCGCUAGCCUCCGCAGCAUCGGCUGAGAGCAAACCGGCGACAACGACGCCUGCAACAACGCCUGGUAGUCUAGAGAGUCCUGUGCGAUUGCGUGAUAAGCGCAAUCUAAGCAGCAGCUCAGCUGCCGGAUCUGCCCAGGAUGCGGAUGGCAAGUCGGAUACGGUCUCGCCAGUGGCUGCACAUGCAGAUUUUAAUGCGCGCGACUCGUUGCUCAGUUUGUACGCACGUCGCACUAUGGAGAGUGGUGCAGGUGGUGCUAGUGGUGCGGCGAGUGCUGCUGCUGCUGCUGCUGCUGUUGUGGCGCCAUCAACGUCUUCCUCUUCAAGCACAUCCAUAUCAGCAGCUGAGCGACGUCCGUCUUGGCGUCUCAAGUUCGAUGCGGGCUCAAAGUUCAAGCUGGAGGACAUCACCAGCGGUGGCACCUACCCGCCCAACCAGAGCACCAUCAUACCCAGCGCGCCAGCUGUCAUGGCAGCGGUCAAUCUGGCCAGCACUGCGGGCAGCCAGCGUCGCAUCAGCAGUGGACCCAAUGCGCUCAAUGCUUCCAAUCAGUCGCUCAACUCUGUGGGUCGUCCUGUCUCGGCGCCUAGUGAGAGCAUUAAUAACAGCGCCUAUGUAACGCCACCAGUGCGUAGAUAUGAGACGUCUACGCUGCCGGCAACUGCCACAACAACAGCAACUGCGACAGCAACAACAACUGCCACGACAGCCAACAACUCUGCAACGUCUGCAUCCAGUGCCAACCAUGCGACGGCAACCAGCCAUGAAGAUAAGGAUAACGACAAGGAGAAUGAUAAUCGCACACAGACUGUUAUACAGCGACGUCGCAAGCCCAAGCGCAGAUCCACGGGUGUGGUGCAUAUCGAUAUGGAUGAAAUCGAUCCAGAGCGACAACAUGAAACGGCUAACAAUGACAACGAGGAUAAGGAGAAGGAGAGCGGCAGUGAGCGCACCUCACGCUCGCGCACUGGAAGCACUGCGACAGCGAGCACCGGCAGCGACUCAAAGAGUUCCAGCAACAGCGACAAAGCGGAAAACGGCGAUGCCAUCGAUUAUAAGGCGCUCUGGGAAGCCGCCAGAUUGGAGAACGACAAGCUCAAGCAAAUGCUCAAGCAAAAGGAUGACGAAGCGGUGCAGACGCGUGCAACGAUCGAGCGCUUUGCCAAUGCCACCACUAAAAAUUCACUCUCUGAGAUUGAGAAACGUGAGAGAAGAGCUAUGGAACGCAAGCUUUCCGAAUUGGAAGAAGAGCUCAAGCAACUCGAUGCCUACAAAUCGGACAAUGACCGCCUAAAGGAGGAGAACGCAGCGUUGAUUAGAGUAAUUAGUAAAUUAAGUAAAUGAAAUUAUGUCUUAACUUAAGUUUACUCAAAAAAAAGAAGAAAAAACAAAAAGA